UUCCCCCCUCUUUGCCCCGCUUCCCUUGCGGGUCGCUGCCGGGCCGGCGUGGGUCUGGGCAGCACAGACAGGGAGGGAGGGAGGCUGAGCCAGAUCUUCGUGCCGCAGUGGCCGCAGCAGCACAACUUCUAAAGGUUUGGAGAAGACAGUGAGAGAACCACCAAGAAGGCUAUAGUAGUAUUGGAGAAUAGGAGAAAACUAUUCUGUUGUUUCUGAGAAGCACACUGUAGGAAGAAAAGUCUGCUGAUCACAGAACUUACUUUUCUUCUUCUGUUCCUGCCUGCCUUCAUUUUCUGCAAAGACUAAGAUAAUCGCUCUUUAGUGGAAAUUGCCAAUAUGUAUCAUUCCAUAUCUGAAACCAGUCACCCCUUGCAAACAGAAGAGCAAGAAAUAGGCAUUGAUCCCUUGCAGGGUUACUUGAACAAGCCUGAAGAAGGAGGAUCCCAUGAGAAUGGAAGAACACAUCAUGCCUUAGACUCUGAUGGAACAUUUAUUUCUUACAGUAAAGAAUGGGAAGAACUAUUUGUAAACAACAAUUACUUGGCAACAAUACGGCUGAAGGGGAUUAAUGGGCAGCUGAGAAGCAGCAGGUUCCGUAGUGUUUGCUGGAAGCUGUUUCUAAAUGUUCUACCACAAGACAGAAGUCAGUGGAUAAAUAAAACUUCAAAAUUAAGAACAUGGUAUAACAAGAUUAAAGAAAUACAUAUUACAAACCCUCGGAAAGCUGGACAGCAGGAUCUGAUCAUCAACAAUCCACUUUCGCAAGAUGAGGGGUCCCUUUGGAACAAAUUUUUCCAGGAUAAAGAGCUUCGAGCAAUGAUUGAACAAGAUGUGACAAGAACAUUUCCUGAAAUGCAGUAUUUCCAGCAAGAGAGUGUGAGAAAAAUUCUUACAGAUGUUCUGUUCUGUUAUGCUAGAGAAAAUGAGCAGUUGCUUUAUAAACAGGGUAUGCAUGAACUUUUAGCACCUAUAAUCUUUAUCCUGCAUUGUGACCACCAAGCCUUUUUACAUGCGAAUGAAGCUGCACAAUCAAGUGAGGAAAUGAAAGCUCUUUUGAACCCUGAAUAUCUGGAACAUGACGCCUAUGCAAUGUUCACACAUCUUAUGAAAACUGCAGAACAUUGGUUUUCGACUUUUGAACAUGACAGUCAGAAGGAGAAAGAUGCAAUGAUGACGCCUAUACCAUUUGCAAGGCCACAGGAUUUAGGUCCAUCUAUUGCUAUUGUAACUAAAGUAAACCAGAUACAGGAUCACCUGCUGAAGAAACAUGAUAUUGAGCUGUACAUGCAUCUGAACAGGCUAGAAAUUGCUCCACAGAUUUAUGGACUGCGAUGGGUAAGGCUCCUAUUUGGACGAGAAUUCCCACUCCAGGACCUUCUUGUUGUCUGGGAUGCAUUAUUUGCUGACAGCAUCACCCUGGAUUUAGUUGACUACAUUUUUGUAGCCAUGUUAUUGUAUAUUAGAGAUGCCUUGAUCUCAAGUAAUUAUCAGACCUGUUUGGGACUUCUGAUGCAUUAUCCACCUAUAGGAGAUGUACACUCACUCAUCCUAAGAGCACUGUUUCUCAGAGAUCCAAAGAAAAAUCCAAGACCGGUGACUUACCAAUUCCAACAAAAUUUAGAUUAUUACAAAGCACGUGGAGCAGACUUGAUGAAUAAAACCCGUGCCAGUGCAAAGGUUGCUCCACUGAACAUUAAUAAAGUCUCCAAUAGCUUGCUUAAUUUCGGUCGAAAGCUGAUUGCCCCAGCUAUGGCUUCAGGUAGUCCUGCAGGCCCAGCUAUUAGUGCUAGCAGCAGCAGCUUUCCUUCUGCUGUAAUGCCCAUCAGGAGCACCGUGGAGCCCCUCCAGCACCAACACCUGCAGGCGCAGCAGCAGCAGCAGAGAAUGUUGAAAUCGGAAAGCAUGCCAGUUCAGCUGAGCAAAGGAGAUGUAGUUACAGGCAGCGAAGCACAGAUGUCUGUUCCUGCUCAGAAUCUAACAGCCCUCCAAGGCCAAAGUUCAAAAAAUGUCAGUUCAUCUCCAAGCAUAGAGAGCUUGUCUGCAGGACGUGAAUACACAGGAUCUCCUCCUUUGUCUGCAUCCAAGAAAGAUUUCUUUUUCAGUACCAUCUCCCGUUCUCGUUCCCACAGCAAAACUAUGGGCAGAAAAGAGUCUGAGGAAGAAUUGGAGACUCAAAUUUCAUUUCUCCAAGGACAACUAAAUGACUUAGAGGCCAUGUGCAAAUACUGUGCAAAAAUGAUGAACACACAUCUUGGAAAUAUUCAAGAGGUCAUAUUACAGGAACACUUGGAGAAAGAAGAUGAAAUUCUGGUAUCCCUGGCAGGCUUGAAGCAGAUCAAGGAUAUUCUAAAGGGUUCCCUGCGUUUCAAUCAGAGCCAGCUGGAGGCUGAAGAGAAUGAGCAAAUCACAAUAGAAGAUGAUCAUUACUGUUCCAGCAGUCAGAACAAGGAGAUGGGCGAUGCCCUAAAAGGAUCUGUUAUGACAAAGCAACACUUCCUCUCAACGCUUCAGGCAACAGCUGAAACAAGCGGAAAUUCAGAGAGCAGAAGCACUGAUGACUAUAUCUUGGUUUCCAAAGAAGAGGAGGGAAAUAAAGGUGCUGUCUCUGAGCACGAGCAGUCACUUCAGACACACAAGGAGGCGGCAACAAAGAAUGAAGCUCCAUCUCGUUCUUCUUUGGUCUUUUCUGAUCCACUCAUGGGCUCCAUUUCUUCCUCCUCUAGUAACCUGAGUUCCAGCCCUGAUGAUGAUGAUAGCAAUAAUAGCAAGGAUUCUGACUUCACUAUUGUCAGCCCCUUGGACAUCUAAUUAAACAGCUUGGAGAGCUUGUGAGGUCAGUUACUAAACCUCAGCUGAAAUAACUUUGAUUCCGCAGGGCUGGAUGACUGACUCAGAAGGACAGAAGGUAUAUAAAGGUAACCCAUUUCAGCUGCUAAACGCCUAGCUAAUCGAUCAGAGCACAAAUUUGGUACAGGCAGUAUAUUGCAACCCUCCAAAGAGUAUAAAGGUUUUGUAGUGAUUACCUUAACAGCUGCAGUAGUAUCCAGAUCUAAUAUACAACUACUGCUAGUUGUAGGGUUAUCUUAGCGCCUUCUAGAACGAUAGUACUAUUUACUUAGUUUCUCACCACAUAGAAUAACCUGUAGCAUAUAUUCUAAUGGAUACCCAGAGGAGAGGAGACAAAACUACAAUUAAUACAUUUACUUUUUCCAACAUGCCAGGUUAGGCUUAUGCUGGGUGGGAAGGGAACUAUUUCGCUAGAGAUUAUGGGUAGAAAAUGAGGGGAGGCAAAUCAAAGAGAUGCAAAGCAUCCUUCAGCAACUGGUUCAGCAACUGGCAUCAAGAUUACUGGAGUCACAGAAAAAACCUCUGACUAGUAGUAGUAGAGAGAAACUAUAAACGAUAAGACCAGCACUUCAGGUAUGGGAGAACACCAAAUUAAUUCUAAAAUAGCCUCUUUAAAGCACUGGGAAGCUUGAAUCUAUACUAGUUAAAAGACUUCUAAUAUUUCUGAGUGAGGUGGUCCGGGGUUUGUGUGUUGGAGUAGUGUUCCUUUGGAAUCUGUUUCUGUAAAUGUUUUAAGAACUGUACAGCCUCAUUUAUGUAUAAGAAUCAAGUCCAUUCAUGAUGGAUGGUGCUGUAGUUUUCCUUCAUUGCAAUUCUGUUACAGUUUAAGAAAUAAUUCACUUAGAAAUGUGACUUGGAGUUAUCCCCAUUUAUUUGAUUAG